UAUUGCUGGAUUUCGGACUUGCCUUGUAUAGUCAACAACACCGACUCCUGCUAAACAACCAGUGCUGUCACACGCAAGCGUGAAAUCUGACGUGAUGCUCCAGCCACCGUCCCAUUCAAACGUUUCUCGGGAUCCUCCCUUCAGACAGUCGUGCGUAUGCGCUGCUAACGCCACAGCGGCAUUGUCAGAGCAGAAUUUGAACACAGGCGACAGAUUAACAGAGAGAAAUCAAUAGGUAACUUGGUCUGGAUUGAUUUUUUUCUGCGGCAAUGUAAAGAUGGCGAGAGUGCUCCACAACUUGCUGUUAUUUCUGAUCAGACUUGCGCUUAAAAUCAGAGUUUUGGGGUAUUGGUCGCUUAUAUACGGUUAUUGUGGUCUGUGCACCGUCGUAGCCCUGCUGAAACUUUGGUGGAACAUCGUCCUGAGGCCGACAACAACCUUCCAAUGGGUGACUCGUGAAACUCCCCCGGCUUGUCUGAAUGACACGUCCUUGGGAACCCACUGUUAUGUUAGGAUCAAGGAGUCUGGCCUCAGGUUUCACUAUGUUGCUGCUGGAGAGAGAGGAAAGCCACUCAUGCUGUUCUUACACGGAUUCCCUGAGUUCUGGUUCUCCUGGAGAUACCAGCUGCGAGAGUUUAAGAGUGAAUUCCGUGUGGUGGCCAUCGACAUGCGGGGCUAUGGGGAGUCAGACUUGCCGCUCUCACCCGAAAGUUAUCGCUUCGAUCACCUGGUCACCGACGUCAAGGACAUUGUGGAGUACUUAGGAUACAACAGAUGUUGCCUCGUUGGCCACGACUGGGGAGGAACCGUAGCGUGGCUGUUUGCCAUUCAUUACCCAGAGAUGGUGACGAAGCUCAUUGUUCUCAACUGUGCCCACCCUUCUGUGUUCGCAGAUUACGCUCUGCGUCACCCCAGCCAGCUGCUGAAAUCCAGUCAUUUCUUUUUCUUCCAGCUGCCCCGCUUCCCGGAGCUCAUGCUCUCCAUCAAUGAUUUCAAGGCUCUGAAGGCCUUGUUCACCAGCCGAAACACGGGGAUUGGAAGGAAAGGUCGAUGGCUCACUGCAGAGGACUUAGAGGCCUAUCUGUACGCUCUCUCACAGCCGGGAGCUCUGACUGGAGCCCUCAACUAUUACAGGAAUGUCUUCAGCUCUCUUCCCCUGAGCCCGAACCACGUCAGGUCUCCAGUGCUGCUGCUGUGGGGGGAGCGAGACGCCUUCUUGGAGCAGGAAAUGGCAGAGGCUUGCCGCCUCUACAUCCGCAAUCAUUUCCGUCUCAACAUCAUCUCUGGAGCCAGUCACUGGCUGCAGCAAGACCAGCCUGAUAUUGUAAACACCCUCAUAUGGACCUUCCUCAAGGAGGGAGAGGGACGCAAAAGCUACAGGAACUAAAUCCACAGAGAGGCCUCCUCCAGCCCCCCCCCCCCCCCCCCCCC